GAGAAUCCAUUGUUUACAAAACAUCAGCGACAGGUAUUUUCAUGUCAGUGAUAACCAAAAUGGGAAAAGCUAGGUCACUGUAACUACAGAACUGUGCCAGUGUGGCUAUCAUCUGACGUAUUACAGUUGAAGCAUAACAUCCUGUCACAGCUGAUAUAUCAACAUAGGAGGAUAUUGUUAUUCUGCUAGGAAUAUUCGAGAGGAGUUCAGCAUGCAGGACAUAGAGAUGUUCAGGGAGGUUCCAGGGUACCGAGCCAUUCUGAAGGCUGUCAUAAAACAGCAGAUCCAGGGGCUGAUAAACCAGCUGGCGCGGCACACAGGUGAAGAGUCUGUGCUGAUGACAGCCAGCGUGGAGGAGGGCACUCUCACACACCUGGGCUCGGACCACGGCAAGGUGUUCAUGGACUCUAGGGAGGAGCUCAAGGCUCAGUUCCUAGGCUUCUGUCUCAAACGGAACCACAUUAAGUCCAGUGCUCACCAUAAUGACCAGUUCAUGAGGAAGAAGGGUCCAAUCCCGGCCCGAAAUCGUCUAAUCAACAACAAGUCAUUCUCAUCUGGUGUCAGACACCAGCCUUACCCAUCAGUUGUCAAGUCAGAACCAGUCGACUCCAGUGGUGAGCUCAAACCUGUAAACUAUUCUAAAGAGAAAUAUCAAAAUAACCAGCCCAAAAACCAUUCUUUUGACUCUAUGAAACCGAUAAAUCUGUCAGUGCACCCUAGUAAUGAAUAUGGGGUUAAAGUUAAAUUUGAAAAGGUAACUGAAGCUUCCAUUGGAAAAAAUGUAGAGUCAAGCUCUUCAUCUAAGAAUGCCGAGGCCUCAUCAGUAGUGUCCCAUACAGAGUCUGCACAUGGUUCCCCUGCAUGUGUGUCACAGUCUGUAGGGUUGGUACAAAACAAGGAAACCAGUCUGUCAAAGGAGAGCACGCCAGAACCAAAAGAACAUGUGACGAAAAGAGAAAUGCCUGAGCUUGUCAAUGAAAAGGAAGUGAAUCAAAACAACGAGGAACUUGCCAACAGGAAUGUUGAGCUGCAGCAUGUGAUGGAGACAGAUCCUGGGGAUGAGAGGCCUAACUUCUUGACAAACAACCUUGCCCAGACCUCCCCUGUGGCAGCAGAGCCCGCAGAGCUUCCCAGGACAGAGGAGCUACCAAGCCUGGGGACCCCUGACGAGCCCACACUGGGUGCAUACCAGUAUACACUGGCCACAAGCCACCGCAAGUCACGCAAGUCCCAGGAGCCAAGGAAGAAAGCAUCAUACAGCAGCCCAGUCCUAGUGGAAGCAGAUGUGAGUCCAUCCAUGGCCAACUCAAAGUCAACAAACAUAGACAUGAAGACACCAAAAUCCCAACAUGUAGACACGGAUAUUAAGACUCCACCCCACGAUCUUAUGGAAUGCGAAAUGAAUGGGCAGGACUCCGAUGCUGAGAGGUCAGCCCUGCAGCGUAAACAGGAGCUGGAGUCCUACCUCUGCCUGGACCACAAUGCUCGCCCCUACCCCUGCAACCUGUGCCCUAAGAGGUUCAAGGAACGCCACCACCUGAUCUACCAUAUCCGCACGCACAGCGGCCAGCGACCCUACAAGUGCCUCACAUGUGGCAAGGCAUUCACUCAGUCCAGCUCCCUGAACACGCACAAGAAGACCCACUACAAGGACAUCAGCUGCAUGGAGUGUGGUCUAGUGUUCAAGAAGCAGCUCGAGUUCAUAAACCAUGCCUGCCAGUCACUGCAGGGGUCACUCAUACUCUCAUAGGAUCUACUUCAUAGGAUCACCACAUACAUUAGACAUACAUUGGACUUGUGCUCUGGAAAACUGUCUAAAUGCAUGUGUGUAAUAAAUCUCUCAUAUAAGCUAGUGCAGACUUCAAAGGCUAAUCCGGGACAACACUUUAUGCACAUGUAUAAAGUCCCGUUUUCUUCAGAGCACCACACACCUCUUUGUCAGACCAUAUUUGUCUCUUAUAGGAUAUUCUGUAAUGCGGGCAGCUACAUUCCGCAUCUGCUAUGCCCUAUACACCCAAGAUCUGUUAUAGUACCAUGUGCAUUGGAUGCAUCUUCAUGGCAUACAGCUCAGUGAGCAUUUUUUAAACAUUUUCAUAUUUGAACAUACAUCACGUCGUGUGUACUUGUAUUUACCUUCACAAAUCACAGACACACCAUGAGUGCCUCUCUCGUAUUGCAUCACACAUGUUUAUAGUUCACCACAUAGCACUCUUUCAACAACAUUGCUCCUACCACACAAGCACCUGUUUCACCACUCUUAUCAACAUGCCAUCACACAUCACAUUAUUUUUACCACACUCAGCAAAUCAAAAUGGAAGACAUGAGUUUGUUAUGUCUGUGAGAGUAGUUUCCCUUUGUACUUCAACUUAAAUAUUUCUCCUGAUUUUCUUAUGUAAGCAUUUUAAAAACAACUUUUUUUAUGAUGAGUUGUUUAUAAUCAAAUAAAGGUUAAAUAAGUCAAUUAAGGUGAUUAAAGAAGACCAAUGUUUCAGACAAAUAUUUGUAUCACUUCAGUUCACCUUAGGACAAAUUAUUCAGGUCAUUAAUUAAUAAUGAGUUUUCACUUAUGGUCUCGAAUCAACACUGAGCUUGUUUGUUAUUCAAAUAAGUAAGCUUCAUCAAUACUUAUUUAUUAAUUUGUUAAGUUCCUUAUUUCAAUUAUAACCUGUGAAUGCACAUUCAUGUAACUAAAGCUAAAAUAUUAUUGGAUAAACGGUUAUCUGAUAGUAAUACAUAUACUGAUACCAGUGCUUCCAAUAUACUGUUAUGAAGGUAGACAUAAUAUUUAAAGCAAAUUACACAUAACUUUUGUAAAGUUUAUAUUGCUUAAAUGUGUUUUAACUGUCAUAUUUAAAGAUUUUGUAACUUUGAUUUUAUUUGAAAGUGUAGCACAUUAAUCAAAAAAAGUUACAACUGUAUACUUUGCAUAAUGUUUUGGAAAAGUAAUUGUAUGCUGUGUUUUUUAAGUGUUCAAGCCAAUUCACCACUGAGUGUCAUGCAAGUUCAUGUUUUCUGCUACAUGUAUUUAAUUUUUCUUAGCAAUGUGAUUGACACAUAGUUCAGAAAUGGUGAAUUAUUCUUCUCUCCUCAGUCACAAUGUUUCAAUGUAUGUUAUACAUGUAAGUGAUUAAUAAUCCUGUGUUUUGAUUGAACACUUACUGCAAUGUUUGUUAGAAAUUAGUGUAAGCUGUAACUUAUGAUUGGUAAAUUUUAUCAUAUAAGACACCAUAUGUUUUCAGUAUAGUAAUUUGCAUACAAUUAAGUAUUUGUACAGCUUGUUGUAUGUUUUUAAUUUUUGUAUUUCUUUUGAAUUAUUUUACAUUUACAAAGAUGUUUUAUUAUGAUUUAACGAAAUGAAUAUGCCUGUUGUAUAAGUGAAAUAAGUUGUACAGGGUUAUCUUUCUUUAUAUUCAUUUUUACAAAUGAUGUAUUCUAUUCUAUGAUGGUAAUUGCACCGUUACAAUAUGGUUGUUUUAUCAGUACUUGGGAAGGGGCCUGGGUUUUAUAUUUAAGCAUGUGAAGUUGCUUGAUUGGGGAAUCACAUGUUUGUUUUCCUAAAGAAUAAAUGUGAAAAUAUUAUUUUAAGAAUAAUAUGUAUUCAAAAGAGGACACAGAUAUGGAUCAAAACUGUUCACAGGUUUUAUCAAGCGCCCUCUCAUUACUCUAUAAGGCUGACUUAUAAAAAUGCACAUUUCUUUUUCGAUUUGGGAUAUUUAUUUUGUAAUAAAUAAGGAAAAGGAAAAAAGUAUAAUAGUGUAAAAAUAAUUGAAACUCAGAUUUAACCAAUAUUUUUAUGUCCCCCACUAAAGUAGUGGGGGACAUAUUGGUUUUGCCCUGUCUGUUGGUCUGUUUGUCUGUCUGUUGGUCUGUUUGCGCCAACUUUAACAUUUUGCAAUAACUUUUGCUAUAUUGAAGAUAGCAACUUCAUAUUUCGCAUGCAUGUGUAUCUCAUGAAGCUGCACAUUUUGAGUGGUGAAAUGUCAAGGUCAUCCUUCAAGGUCAGAGGUCAAAUAUAUAUGGCCAAAAUCGCUCAUUUUAUGAAUACUUUUGCAAUAUUGAAGAUAGCAACUUGAUAUUUGGCAUGCAUGUGUAUCUCAUAGAGCUGCACAUUUUGAGUGGUGAAAGGUCAAGGUCAUACUUCAAGUUCAGAGGUCAAAUAUAUGUGGCCCAAAGCGCUUAUUUUAUAAAUACUUUUGCAAUAUUGAAGAUAGCAACUUGAUAUUUGGCAUGCAUGUGCAUCUCAUGGAGCUGCACAUUUUGAGUGGUGAAAGGUCAAGGUCAAGGUCAUCCUUCAAGGUCAGAGGUCAAAUAUAUGGGGCCCAAAUCGCUUAUUUUAUGAAUACUUUUGCAAUAUUGAAUAUAGCAUUUUGAUAUUUGGCAUGCAUGUGUAUCUCAUGGAGCUGCACAUUUUGAGUGGUGAAAGGUCAAGAUCAUCCUUCACAAGGUCAAGGUCAUCCUUCAAAGUCAAACAUCAUAUAGGGGGACAUUGUGUUUCACAAACGCAUCUUGUUCGUAAUGAUAUAGAACUGGUAAUGUUUGUCUUUGUACCUUCAAUUGAGAAACCUGGAAGUCUCAGUUAAACACAUUUAACUUAAGUGUAUAUAAGCAUCCCACCCUUUAAACAACUUGACAACAGCAAAUUUUAUGAAAAUAUAAUAACCUGGUUAUGUCCCCUAUUAUUAUCCUUAAAGUAGGACCCAAUAAGUUUGUUUAGCUUUCCUGCUACUCAAUAUUUACUCUUUCAAUGAUGGAGUCACAUCAUCUAAGUAGACAUGUGAUCAGGCAAAUGAAAAUACCAAAGAUUUUUGUUUUGUACAGUUUCUGGAAUUGUGUCAGGUUUUAUCAUUAUUGUUUGUAUAUUUUGUAUUGAUUUGACCACCUGCUGUUUUGUACUUGCAUGUAAUUAGCUAUGCAAUUUUAAACACGAGUUGAUUAUGUGCUUUAAUCUUUUGUUUAUGCAAAAUUCAUGUCAAAUAUGUCAAUGUACAAGUUUAUAAAUUGAUCAUUACUGUAGUUAUUUGUAGAGUGUUAAAUAAUUAUGAUUGAAUGGUAUGUUUAUAUAAUUAUGUUUGAUGUAUAUACAUGUAGUACUUAAUUAUACCAAGCUUUAAAGUAUUCACUGUCUGUUUAAGUUUUAUGACAUUGCCAAUGUGAUGACUGCUGAAGAGUUUAUAAUGAUUAUACAUGUAAUUGAAAACUGGGGCCAAUGUUUGCACAGCUCUUUAAAAAAAACAUAGUGUGUACUUUAAUUACAUUCAAAACAAUAGAAUUUUAUUAAAUAUGUAUGAAUAAUAACUAUGUUCCUGAAAUUAUAAAAUUGUAAACAUAUUAGAAUAUUAUCCUGUGUGAAAUAAUGUUAAUUUUUCUUUUUUUAAGAAGACAGCUUUAUACUUCUGGAAUUGUAAGACUUUAAGAUUUCCCUUGUUUGUUAAUGCAGACUCUGUUGGAUUCUUAAAUAUUUAGCAGUGUGACACAGAUGGCCUUGUUCAAAGUCAGCAAUGUUUGUGUUGCUAUACUGCAUUUCUCUAGACUUAUGUGUAUAUUCGUACACAUAUAGUGUGUGAAAAUCUAUAUGUAAGAGACCCACGACACAAUUGCUUAGACUUAGUAUACAUAGUUGUAUCGUUUAAGACAGCAUUUGUAUACUAACAUGAUAUUGUAAAUAUUUUGUAUUUGUAAACUGAAAUUCACAUUCUAUGCAUUUACUUUAUGUUAGGGUAUUUUUCAUAUGCAUUACUUGUGAUGAUUUUUCGCGAUAUAUAUGUUAUAGCACAAAUAUUGUACAUUGUGAUUCUCUAGUAAAUAGAUCUGAGUACAGGCUCUAACAUUUAACAGGCUUACCUGCUAAAUUGAGUAUACAAAAUGGCUUCACACUGAGCACACUUUUUGCCCAUGGUUACAUAUCCGUCCAAGGACGUUCUGUCCGGGUAUUUUUAACUUCAUAAGUUGAAUCAAUUCAUUAUUUCAUAUGCCUAAUUACCAAAGAUUGUUCCGUCGCAUCAUCAGUAUUUUGAAUGCAUUUUUUUUAUGUUGCACAUAUAAAGUACAUAACAGGUCUCAGAAUAAACGGAUAUAUUUUACCCCAAGUAUAUUGAUUGAAAUCGUGAUUACUCUUAAUAAUAUACAUUUUGAUAGCCUUAGGUAUCCAUACAGUCAUAUGUCGGCAAGUUGUGUGGACCUGGAAUGGGAUGGUGUUUCUCAAUUGCGUGAGUUUGACUUUUUCCGACGAGCUUUCUUACAUAACAGCACGAUAAUCUCAGGUUUUCUUGGUCUGAAUGGGACACCUGGCUGUGUUGCCUCCUAGCCAUAUAUUUCACUCCAUGGUUAGCAUUGAAAUAUGGUCUAUUACACGUUCAUUUGAUUGUUUUCAUGGCUAUGAUUGCUUGCUUUAAAAGUUGAUAGUUGCUGUGUCUAUACGUGUUUAAACGUUAAUUUCAUGACUUUGUUUAAUAGUUAUUUGUUCUUUAAACUUAAAAUGUAUGACUUUGUUUAAUAGUUUUGUGUAUUUUUCAUGUUUGCCAUAUUAUUGAUAUUCGUAUCAGCAUUAUUCGUGUUUGUUAGUUUUAUGCAGUUUUGAGAGUGCAGUUUUGUAUUGCAGAACAAUGUUGUAGGAACAACUAUUUUUAGACGUGUUUUUUUACCUGUAGAUAUUUAAAUAUGAGAUAUUAUUAGCUUUAACAUUUGAAACCAAAAAUGAUUGUGUAGUUAGUUUAGUUUUUGUGCAACAUGUGUGUUAUUGAACACUGACCUUAAAUUUUGCCUAAAAUUGUAAAAGAAAUUAGCGGUAGAACGCAUAUCUUGUCGUUUAUCAAAUGAGAAAUUAACAUAACUUUUUUCAACUGCUUUCAUUUAUAUAAAAAUAAGUAAAUAAAAUGCCCCAAAAAUGUCAAUCGGUAUUACUCUCCGUCUGGGAAUCAUUUAUAUUUUCUUUUAUAUGGUCCCUCAAAUACUUGUUUUUAAAGCGAGAUUAUACGAUUUUGUCAAAUAUUUAUGAAUUUAUAUAAAAUGUAAAAAAAAAACUUGUUAUACAUAUAUUUCAAUAUAAAUUAAAGUUAAGAAGAACAUGUGUCGAAAAAUGCGAAAUAAGCCAGAUAUUUAAUUCUGAAAUCGAAAAUGUCUGUUCAGUCAAAUUCGCCAGCAUGUAUAUCAUGCAUGUAAGAUGUGAAUCUUAAUUUAGUUAUAAGGAUCAUUUUAAUUUCCUGCAACGAUAUCUAUUCAUACGACAAGCGAACACUAACUCCGAUCAUAAUAAAAAGACGAAUGCUUCGGUUAUUGUAGGAACAUAUGUACGAAAUAUCUUCGUCACAAUCGGCUCGUGGCGUUAAUUUUUAUUUGCUUCAUUUUAUGAAAUUAGUCUUCAAUGUAUACUUUUGAUUUCCUUUUUGUGUUAUUGUAACAUAUUUUUUAUCAAUAUAUUACAACUUAACACAUAUAAAAAUCGUAUAAUCUCGCUUUAAGUGAAUGAUCAACCGUUGUAUUAAAUGAUUUUCGUUAUGUCCCCAUUUGAAGAAUUCGGGGUUUAUUGCUUUGCACCUGUCCAUCGGUCGGAUUGUCGGUCGUUGGAUCGGUCGGUCCGGCUUAGCAUAGGUAGUUUACUUUUGUUUUUCAGUGAACCAAAGAACAAAUACUCAACGUAUAAUUUUCAACAUAUUUUGUGAUUCUAUGUGAUGAAAAAAAAUUGGUACUAUUAUUUCUGUAGGAUUCUCGUUUCUUGGAAGGGUAGGGAAAAACAAUCGAUUUUGACGUCAUUGGGUUAACGGUCAAUGUCAAAGGGUUUUGGUACAUUAUUUUUCUUUGUAGACCAUUUUCCGAACAGUUGAUGUCUAUGAGUAUAUUGAUUCAACGGAAAGAGAUAAAGAAACUUUCAGAUUAACCAGAGAAAACAUCGUAAAAACAAUAUCUAAAAAUGCCUAUACCAGUGAUGAUGGAAUAAGCAAGCUGUUCGGUGGAUAUUCUAGGAGGAAGAUUUUGAAGUCAAUAUUUUAUUAUAAAAUAUGUCAAAAGACUUACAAAUAGUAGCCAUUGGUUCCAAUUCGAGGAGAACGUUUUAGUAUUAUUUGUUAUGUUUUGUACAUUCGUGAUUUUGAGUUUAGUUAGUAUGACUAACACUAUAUUUUUGUUUAGGCAUUUGAUAUAACGUAUGUGUUCCACAUGUAAUUAUUCAUUUCGCGUACAUUGUAAUCAUGCUUGAAUCUCGUUCUCUCUCGCAACAUAUUGUACACUGCUGAUUCACGCCUGCCACUUCAUAUCAGCACGAAAACAUAUCUUGGCCUUCUGUCAUGUUUGUUGCCAAUGAGUUGACUUGUUUCAGUGGUUUUAAACAACGUCAGUUGUCAGAAACUUGAAACGUUAUCUUGCUGGCAUAGAUCAACAUAGUUGUAAGCAUUGUCAGACUACUAGUAAAUAACAUAUCGAAUAUAUCAUUUCCCGUCAAACGUAACGGUCGUCCUAACAAGUUGUUGUUAAGAUUUCUCAUUGUAAUAACAAUGUCAGAACUAUGCAUGUUCCCUUUUUUCCUCCCGAGAAUCAACUCCAGGUCAUUGUGACUAAAAAUACUAACUAAAUACUAACAUUAACUUAUGGAUUGGUCUCUGAAUGUGACUUUUUUAUCUUCUUUCUAAUGUUGCCAUAGAUUCAAUAUUUUGAAUGAGUUGAUAUUUAACCAUUGUAUGACAUCAACAUUUCACCCAUCUGUAGUCAUUACAAUUACAUAAAGAUCUCGUGUUUACAUUAGAUUACCAUUCGUUCAGUGUCUAUCAUGAUACAAGUGUUGCAUACAUUACCAUAAAUUUCGUGUUCAAAUGUAUUGCAGGUCUUUAACUAGAGUGGGUUUUCAUUAGGUUGUGAUAUUAACAUUCCAAUUUGAUUUUAUACUUGACCGAUAUUUUUUGGAGACAAUAAACAAAUAUUAGAUUUUUA